UCCAAAGAUGGCUCACAUCAUCACCGCUGUCGCCAGCCAAAUCACAGACGUCGUGCCGAUUCGCCGCGCGCUGUUGUCCGUGUCUGACAAGACUGGCUUGGUAGAAUUGGCUGCCUUCUUGGCCGGUCAAGGCAUUGAGCUGCUGUCCACGGGCGGCACCGCCAAAGCCAUGCGUGACGCUGGGUUGAGCGUCAUUGACGUGUCCGAGUACACCGAGUCCCCUGAAAUGAUGGACGGGCGCGUGAAGACGUUGCACCCCAAGAUCCACGGCGGCCUGUUGGGUGUGCGCGGCAACAAACAACACGAAGCCGACAUGGCGGCGCACGGCAUCAAGAACAUUGACUUGAUGGUGCUCAACUUGUACGCGUUCGAAGCGACCGUCAAGUCUGGCGGCAACUUUGAAACGUGCAUUGAGAACAUCGACAUUGGCGGCCCGUCCAUGCUUCGCUCGUCGGCAAAGAACCACGCGAGCGUGGUCAUCUGCACCAACCCGUCGCAGUACCCGACGUUGAUUGAAGAAAUGAAGGUGCAUGCCGCGGGCACGACGCUGUCCUUCCGCAAGAAGUGCGCCGCCGCCGCGUUCACGCUGUCGUCGCAGUACGACACGCAAAUCUCCAACUGGUUCAACGCGCAAUUGGGCGGCCCACAAGCCAACCAAGUCACCCAAGUGUACACGCCAGCGCUGACCCUCAAGUACGGAUGCAACCCCCACCAAAACCCGGCGUCCAUUAGCACAAUCAACGGCGCCAAGUUGCCCUUCAAGGUCCUCAACGGCACCCCCGGCUACAUCAACCUCCUGGACGCUGCCAACGCGUACCAACUGGUGGCGGAAGUCCGCCAGGCACUCAAUCUGCCCGCCGCCGCCUCGUUCAAGCACGUCAGUCCCGCGGGUGCCGCCGUGUACGUACCGCUCGACGACAAACUGAAAGCCGCGUACGAAGUGGGCAACAUUGAGCUCACGCCGCUGUCCGUGGCGUACCUCCGUGCCCGCAACGCCGAUCCGCUGAGUUCUUUUGGCGACUUUGUGGCCGUGAGCGACGUUGUGGAUGAAGCCACCGCCAAGGUGCUCAAGCGUGAAGUGUCGGACGGAAUCAUCGCCCCGGGCUACGAGCCGGCGGCGCUCAAGAUCUUGGCCGAGAAGAAGGGCGGCAAGUUCAUCGUGUUGGAAGCCGACGCAACGUUUGUCCCGCCUGCGAUGGAGUACCGCGAAGUGUAUGGGAUGACGUUUGCCCAGCGCCGCAACGACAUUCUCUUCAACCACUCGCAUGUUGCGGACGUCCAGACCCUGGUGUCGCCCCUCACGGACGCGGCCCAGCGCGACUUGAUUCUCGCUGCCAUCACGCUCAAAUACACGCAGAGUAACUCGGUCGGGUACGCCAAGGACGGCCAGAUGAUCGGCGUCGGCGCCGGCCAGCAGAGCCGCGUCGACUGCGUCAAACUCGCCGGUCGCAAGGUGUCGGUGUGGCACCUCCGCCAGCACCCCAAGGUCGCCGCGCUGGCGUUCAAGCCCAGCGUCAAGCGCCAGGAGCGCGUAAAUGCGCGCGUCCGGUACAUCGAAGGGGACAUGGCGCCCGUGGAGAAGGCGGCGUUCGACGCCCAGUUUGACGUGGUGCCGGAACCGCUGACGGACGCUGAGAAGACGGCGUUCGUGGCGGCGCUCACGGGCGUGUCCCUCGCGUCCGACGCGUUCUUUCCGUUCCGCGACGGCAUUGACCACGCCGCCAAGCUCGGCGUGUCGUUCAUCACGCAGCCCGGCGGAAGCAACCGCGACGACGAAAUCAAGAGCGCGUGCCAAGAGUAUGGCAUCACCAUGACGUUUUCCGGCGUGCGGCUGUUCCACCAUUAACAAAUACAUUCUACUAUCCUUGUUUUGC